AUGAGUGAGUAUUAUGUCUUAACUGCUGGCAACCAUGAAACAUAUGGCUAUAGUGAUAAGCAUGAAAGCAGCAUCUUCUUGAAUAGUGAUCCAGUAGUUUCUGUUGCAGAAUACAAUGAGCAGCCUUCAUAUAAGGAAACUAGGAAAGCUUCAAAGAAGUCCUCUGACAUGUGUAACACACAAACUGCAAAUUUUGCAGAGAAAACAAGUGAUUAUGAAAUUUCAUCUACAGCUGUUAAUAUCAGUGCCCAGGCUGAUCUACCUACUGCAAAAAGAAACAACAAAUGUGAUAUUUGUGGCAAAUUGUUCACUAGGUCAGGUGAUCUCAAGAGACAUGUAUUCAUACACAGCAGGAAAAGACUGCACAAAUGUGACAUACGUGACAAAUCGUAUGCCCAGUCAGUUCGUCUCAAGACACGCAUAUUAAUUCGCACUGGGAGGAAACCUCACAAACAUGAGAUUUCUGGGAAAUCUUAUGCUAGGGAUCUCAAAACACAAUCAUUAAUUCACACCGGGAAGAAACCCCACAAAUGCGAUAUUUGUGGGAAAUCUUUUACUACGGCAGGGAAUCUCAAGAAAUACACAUUUAUUCAUACUGGAAAGAAACCUCAUAAAUGUGAGAUUUGUAUGAAAUCAUUUGCUAGGUCAAACGAUCUCAAGAAACACGCAUUCACGCACACCGGGGAAAGACCUCACAAAUGUGAUAUUUGUGGGAAAUCGUUUGCUUUCUCAAGCAACCUCAAGAGAUAA